AUGACAAUUCACCAUGAGGAAAAAAGUGUGCGGGUUGUAAUUGUAAUAUUAAUUCCGGCUGUAUUGAAGGCGACGGUCAAGGAAAUUGAUAUUGAAAAACAGCGAUUAGAGCAAGAAAUCAAAAAUACCGAGGACCACCUAAAAGGCUUAAAAAACAACAAAGGUAACCAAAAAAAACAACCUAAUCAAACCAGUUCGCCCAAAGCAGGCUACGGAAAAAUCAUUCUCGCCGGAGCGGUUAUUUUCUCGGUAGUAAUUUUGGCUUCAAUUUUGAUUGCAAGAACUCGCAAAAAG